GUAGGAGUAGGGAUGAGAAUUAACCGGUUGGUUGUGCCUUCACGUCUGACGACCACAUGGUCUGAUUCGAUUCCUGUCCUGUCUUCUGUCGUCAUCGAACCACGCGUCGAAGCGGUUCAGGAAGAUCAAUGACGACGACGACGACCAUCCGCAACAAAUUGCUAGCUCAAUAGUACACAUUAAUAAAAGUAGUAGCGGAACGUUAUCAGUGUUUAAAUGCACUGUAUUUUCAUUUCCUAUUCAAUGUCAUGAGACUCGAUUAUGGAGGCAAAAACAAAACACGAAAAUUGUCUUAUCAGUGAUCGCCGGUGGGUAUGCGGCGUCACGUCGUUGAUAGAUGCACAAGUGCUCGUCGUUGCCGGCAAUAAACAGUGCAGAUUUAGGAUCGUCUCGGCUUAGUAAUCGGUUCAGCUUAGUCGUGAGUCAGAAAACGUGAGAUAUUGGACCUGAAGGCAGUGACUUCGAUACCUGCCGCAGUGGGUGGCACAUGUUUAUCGACGCCGUGAACGCGCGACUUCUGAUGGAACAGUGAGUGUGGUCUCCCUUAUAGCUCCGAGCGAGAUAAGAAGCACACAAUUAAUGGGGCUUCCGAAGCGUUCCGUACGCGUGGAGCAGGAAGAUGUGUUUGAUCAGUGUUAAUUUUUUUGGUGGGUAUUGUGGGAAUUAACAGCGAUAAGUGCGCUGAGAUGAAUCGUUGGACUGUUAGCCUGGGCAGGCAAAAUCUCCUGAUGAUAAGCUGUGAGUGAAGAUUUCAGUGCUACCAUCAAGAAGAAUUCGUCGAUUGCAGCCGGAUUGAAUUGACGAACGAACGGAUUAGAACCAAAGUUUAGAUGAAAUGCAGCAGUUACCGAUGGAUCGGGCGAUCGCUAGUUAUGGUUUUGUGACUUCCGCCUGGAUAAUGUAAUGGAUCACGGAAGCUAGUGUCUGUGUCACUGUGUGCCUAAGGUCAUUGCCCUGGAGUGGAUGUGAAGAAAAUAGACCGUGUCUUGACUACCUACACGUACGGGAUAGAGUGUGAGGACGUACAAUGGCAGAUCCCACGAUACAAACAUUCUGCUGCCACAAUCGAAUACGAUCGCCACCGGCAGUGAAGCUUAUGUCCGAGUUCAACACCGACGGGUACAUAGUGGUUUGCAUUGUUUCGUCGGUGCUGGGGAUAUCCGGUGCCAUCUAUCAGAUUUGGAUUCGCGAUGAUGAUCCCCCGAACGGACGGUACGGACGUCGCCGCCGACCGGGUUCCAUCUCCCUCACGAACCACUGCACCGGACGCAGUAUUAUCGUGUGGCUUGCAGUAGCCGAUCUGUGCGCCUCGCUAGGGGUGUUCCUCCGGUCCGCUUUGUGGAAGUAUAUACAAAAUGUACUUCCACCGGACAGUGACAACGAUGACACCACCAACGUCAUUUUCUGUGCCGUUUCUUCGGCGUGGAUUCAGUAUUUCUACAUGUGCACGUGGCUUUGGACGCUGUGCUAUGCGAUCAACAUUCGGCGGCAACUGGGCGGCUCAGGAGUGGCUCUGCGUACCUACCACCUGUACGUGUGGAGCAUAUCGGCGGUGCUAACGGCGACCGGAUUGACGGUGCUCUACGUUCCGGAUGCUGACUGCCACAGUGUGCACGACAUUGGUAGCGCAUAUCUGCGAAUACUCCCCAACUAUAUAACAACGUAUGGACCGAUGGUCGCCGUUAUGGUGGUCAAUCCGGUGCUGUACUUCACGGCUACAAAGCAGGUCGACCGGCAACUGGUGGCCCGCUUCAGUCAACUGACUUCGACAGAGCGCGAUCUCAUGACCAAAUUUAAAAUGAAAUUCUCUCUAAUUAACUUCGUGUUUUACGUGUGCUGGUUACCGAACCUAAUCAAUGGUGUCAUUCUGUGGACCAUGUGGUUCUCGUUACCAUUCCAAACGAUCGUAACCGUUUGGUACGUUAUGGCUAUAACGAACCCACUACAAGCUUUUCUAAACUCAUUGGUGUACCAGAGGUGGAACUGCGGUUGGCGAUUACGACGCCAUGAAGAUAAUGCAGGAGCUGAAAAUACGCGCCGAAAUCGUCACUCCCAGGGAGCAUCAGAGGCAACACCGCUGCUUCAGUCACAAAUCUUCAAAACGGAAUCACCGCCAUCUUCGCAUGUGCUGCACCAGGAAUCUUCCAUCGGUCUGACACCACAUCCAACACGAAGUAUCAAUUCCUGUUCGAUGGUUUAGUUACUCAGGAUAUUCGAAAGACUAUCAGCUUUGUUAUAAACACACAAACUAUUGUUUAAGAUUAGAAGUUAUGUCAUUUACUAUAAUAGUGUUUAGAAUUUAUUUAUAUGACAACGUUUAUGAAUUUCCUUUUUUUUUGUUCAAUUCAAUAAUAGUUCGAUUAUUGGACAGGU